AUGGAGCCCUCAGCCACCCCAGGGGCCCAGACUGGGACCCCCACCGGCGGCGGGGAGCUGUCUCCGUCACUGGUGCCUCCCGACUAUGAAGACGAGUUCCUGCGCUAUCUGUGGCGCGAUUACCUGUACCCAAAGCAGUAUGAGUGGGUCCUCAUCGCUGCCUACGUGGCUGUGUUCCUAGUGGCCCUGGUGGGCAACACGCUGGUCUGCCUGGCCGUGUGGAGGAACCACCACAUGAGGACGGUCACCAACUAUUUCAUUGUCAACCUGUCCCUGGCUGAUGUGCUGGUGACAGCCAUCUGCCUCCCGGCCAGCCUGCUGGUAGACAUCACUGAGUCCUGGCUCUUCGGUCAUACCCUCUGCAAAGUCAUCCCCUACCUACAGGCCGUGUCUGUGUCGGUGGCAGUGCUGACUCUCAGCUUCAUCGCCCUGGACCGCUGGUAUGCCAUCUGCCACCCGCUGUUGUUCAAGAGCACCGCCCGGCGCGCCCGCAGCUCCAUCCUGGGCAUCUGGGCUGUGUCAUUGGCUGUCAUGGUACCUCAGGCUGCCGUCAUGGAAUGCAGCAGCGUGCUCCCUGAGCUAGCCAACCGCACCCGCCUCUUCUCUGUGUGUGAUGAACACUGGGCAGAUGACCUCUAUCCCAAGAUCUACCACAGUUGCUUCUUCAUUGUCACCUACUUGGCCCCACUGGGCCUCAUGGCCAUGGCCUAUUUCCAGAUCUUCCGCAAGCUCUGGGGCCGCCAGAUCCCUGGCACCACAUCGGCCCUGGUGAGGAACUGGAAGCGGCCCUCGGACCAGCUGGAGGACCAGGGGCCCGGCCUGAGCGCGGAACCCCCCCCUCGGGCCCGGGCCUUCCUGGCUGAGGUGAAGCAGAUGCGAGCGCGGAGGAAGACGGCCAAGAUGCUGAUGGUGCUGCUGCUGGUCUUUGCCCUCUGCUACCUGCCCAUCAGUGUCCUCAAUGUCCUCAAGAGGGUGUUCGGGAUGUUCCGCCAAUCCAGUGACCGAGAAGCCGUGUACGCCUGCUUCACCUUCUCCCACUGGCUGGUGUAUGCCAACAGCGCUGCCAACCCCAUCAUCUACAACUUCCUCAGCGGCAAAUUCCGGGAGCAGUUUAAGGCCGCCUUCUCCUGCUGCCUGCCUGGCCUGGGUCCCUGCGGCUCUCCGAAGGCCCCCAGCCCCCGCUCCUCUGCCAGCCACAAGUCCUUGUCCUUGCACAGCCGGUGCUCCGUCUCCAAAGUCCCCGAGCACGUGGUGCUCACCAGUGUCACCACGGUGCUGCCCUGAGGGCUGCCCUGGUGGCUCCGGUGGGGGCCAAGCUGUUUCCUGCCUGGGCUGCUCCUCUGGCUCCUGGGGGACCCACCUCCUCGUGGAAACUGCUGGAUGCAGUGGGAGGCCAGGGCUCCAAACCUGGCUUUCUGCCUGUUUAACUCUGGGCAAGUGACUUCCCUUCUCUGAGCCCUGUCUCCUAAGCAGGAUUGAUGGGAGGAUUAAGCAUGCUCGGAAAAGCGGAAAGCUCUUUGUAGAUUGUGAAGUGUUGUGGACAGGAUUAUCAUAUUCCUCUUGCGUGGCUGUGCCCCAUGGUAUCAUCCAUCCCCAUCAUCCUUCCGCAGCUUGGCCUUCCUCCCAAAGAUCCCUCUCCCACCCAAUUACAGGCCUUCCCUGGAGUUUGCUCUAAGGGUCUCAGCGGGCAGUUCCAUCUGGCCCAGCGGUUCCAGCUAAAGCCCAGCUGCUCUGAGGCCCACGUGAACUAAUCUGGGUCUGGCCUUUCCCUGGUAGGCACACAGCCCCAUCCCUAACCAGGUGCCGGGUGCACGCACCACAGUCUGGACCCUGUUGGCUUUCUGGUGUGAUAGAACACUCUCCGUGUGGCCAUUUGGCAUGGAGGCCAACAGCCUGAAGCAAUUGUAAUUAAAAGCCUGGCACUGAA